AACUUCAGUCUUGUCUAACCAGUUGAAAGGUUCUAAUCAACAAACACCAUGCGUUUCCUCGCACUUUUCACACUCUGCCUGUUGGCUUUGGUCGCUCUCAGCACCAGCACCGAACCAGCUGCCGAACCCUUCUGCGCUUGCCCCAGGAAUCUGGAUUGGGUUUGUGGCAGCGAUAAUCGCUCCUAUCCCAAUGCCUGUGAGUUGGGCUGCUCGGCUCAACGUCAAGGUCGCAGUCUGUCCGUAGCCAGGAAAGGACAAUGCUAGAGGAUCGAGGCGAAUCAAAAUCAUUGUGGAUAUAGCUGUGACACAGAUUGUUGUGAAAUGUUAACAAAGAAACUAGAAUUGAAUAAACAAUAGAGACUUUUGCAAAUAGUA